AUGUACCAAGAGCCCAUCGAUGCGAAGCUGGCCAUGAUGUCGGAGCAGAUCGAGAAAGCGGCUAAAAUAGAAAAUGCCGUUCUUGAAGAAAGCCCAGACCGAGGUUCAGAAGAAGGAACAGUAAGUCCUGAGAGAGCUAGCGCUUGGCCGAAAGUCCGUCGUUUCGCUCACCUCACUCUGUAUGCAUCUGCGCCUUCUUUCAUCGCCCAAUCGUCCAUCUGA